AUGCUCCGACCGAUAAUUACUCUAGAUUUGCCGAGCACGACGAUUACUGACUUGCAAAAGAAGGGAUUCUAUUAUGUCGAAGAUUUAUUAAAAAAUGAAGAUUGUCUAAAGAAAUUCGAUUUGAACAGAUCCAUGUUAGAAAAACAAUUAAAUGUUCCAGGAACUCUGGCAUUAGAUGUUUGGCAACGUGAUACUCAAAGACAAAGUAUACUAGUUUGCUGUUCUGAAUUGGAGGCUGUUUUGGGAAAUGGCUUUCAAUGUGGUGUGAUAACGGAAUUAAGCGGGGCUCCGUUUUCAGGAAAAACACAAAUUUGCUUGCAGCUUUCUAUAUCAGUGCAGUUGAACAAAUGUCAUGGUGGUUUAAAUGGGAGAGCCAUAUACAUUGACACCAGAAGUGGAGUUUUUGGUGUAAGGCUUAGAGACAUUAUUCGAGGCUACAAUAAAUUGUUCAAGGAUUUAAAACUGAACGAAAACGAAGCUCUAAACAAUAUCCAUGUCUUAGCACCGCAUUCCAUGGAAGAUUUUUUACAAAUCAUCGAUUGUGUAGGAAAAGUCUUGGCGGAAGAAGUACAAAAUGAUAAGAAGACUCGUCUCAUUGUUGUCGAUAGUUUGUCGAUGCCCAUAUUAUGCUGCAUUGAUGAUCCACUGAAACGACCUUACUACUUUUCAAAAAUUCUCAGCGCAUUGCACAAAUUGGCACUCAAGCAUGACUUGGCUGUGGUCAUUACAAAUGAAAUUGUCACACAAGUUGACAAAGACGGCACGCCUUACUUUGCACCGGCUGGCGGCCAGCAUGUGGCUGAUUAUGUCCACGUGAAGAUGGAAUCUACGAAACUGACGGACGACAAGUUUGCGAUUCGUUUGGUGAAAAGUCCGAUGAUGCCAGAGAUAUCGAUUACGUUUAAGAUCACCCAAGAUGGUAUAAGAAGCGUUUCGUAAAAAUAGAUUUAUGUAGGAACAUGUUUUGUAUAAUUGUAAACAAUCAUCACGAUGCCAAGGAGAUCAAAGUGUACUGGUAAUCACCGCCAACGUCG